GACAUUAAAAAUGUAUACGUGUGCUCUUUCGCAAUAAAUUUAUUCAAGUGGAUUCGCCGUAUUUUAUUGUGAAGAAAGCGAUAAAAACUCUUCAUAAUUUGGUCCUUCGAGAGCCGGUGCAAGCGUUCCAGUGCGGAAUUUCAUCGCGAGUUAACAAAAAUUACAAUUUUCGGCGGGCGGCGGUGGCAGGACGUUAUACAUUUCGUCAAGAUUUCGUCUUGAAUCCGACCGACUACGCUGCGAGAACGAGUCCAAAAGAAUACGAACCAAGAAACCGUGAGUGCAUACGCAAAUAUACUCAGAGGAAGUGCAAGAAGAUAUCCAGUGAGCUGCAAAUUAUUAUUAUUAGCUUCACUGCAAGAAUUCUAGAAACAUCUUUUUUUGCUACCUAUCGGAAAUCGGUAAGCUGAAACGAAACGCAAGAACUAGCAAUAGUAACACUACACGAUCGAAAAGUGAGUUCGGGGUGAGUUUCGAUCUCACUCGCUCCACAAGCUUCAUCGCAGGAGUGAGCGGGACGCAAGAUCAUCGGCCUUCGGACAUCUCGUUCGAUACGAAAAAUCGUUCGCGUGUAUUGUUUAUGGUUUUAUUUUUUUUAUAGCGUAGCGUUGUUCGUUCUUUUUCAUAUUUUAUCCGCCAUUACGUUUGUACAUUUUACAUUCAACGAAAAAAUAAUUGUUUGUAACGAAAUUACUAACGUAGCGAUAUAUUUACAAGUAAAAAUAAGUUUAAAGUUUUGUAAACAUGGCAGAGGAGAAGGAGAAAGAGAAAUUAAGCACACUUGUUGCCAAACGUGGAUACAUAAAAGUUCUCAACCAAAAUGAUAUCGAGGAUUUUGGAAAAGUCGAGGAAAUAUUUUACUUUUCCAAGGCCAUGUUACUUGACGAAAUUGAAAAACGCAACAAGAACGACUCCUCUUCUACUCCUCCGCCAAGUACAUCCAGCGUAAACGACAGGAAACUCAAACUUCCUGCAAUAAACAUAGAAAUAUUUGAUGAUGGAUUCACAUCCCGCGCCUUCCAACUCGAAAGGGAGAUUGGGAAGGAGCCAACAGUUGCCGAAUUGUUAGCAUUCCUCGAGAAACGAGCUCUAGCUGCAGAAAAUUCUCCGGCAACUGCAAGCAAUUGGAAGCCUGCUUCAAGACUGGCAGUCAACAUAGCAGUCCAGGGAUCAUCCUGCAAGAAAUGUGCUCCUGCCAUCUACUCCGACGACGAGCACACAGCCGCCGAGCCAGCCCUCGUACCAGCCAUCGAGGCAGCCGUCGUGUCAGCCGCUGAACCAGCCAUCGUGCCAGCCGCCGCCGAGCCAAUCGCAGCAGCAUGAGCAAAAAGAUUCAGCCUUACCUAUAAUUACUAACACCAGGUUUGGUCAUAUAGUGGGGGGUGCUUUACCAAUAUUCAACAAGAGUAAAAACAAUGCUAAUUGCAAUAUAAUAUCAUUGCAUUGUCACACAUGCGAUAACGAUAUCAGUGAGCUAAAUGAAAAUAUAAAAAACUUCUGGAAAUUAGAGGAUGUUCCCCAAAUACUAAGUGACAAAUGCAGUGAAUCAGAGCAAGCUGAAUUAAUUUUUUCUAACUCUGUAAAACUUGAAAAUAAUAAGUUUCAAGUUGAUAUUCCAUUAAAAGUAAACCUUAAUGAGGUCAAUCACACCUUAGGUAGCUCUUUUGAUCUUGCAUUAUUUAGAUUUCUUAGCUUAGAAAAAAGGCUACACAAAAAUAUUAAUUUACUAACUCAAUAUCAAAAUUUCAUUGAUGAAUACAUUGACUUAGGCCAAGCGCACUAUGUUGAUAUUAAUUCAUACGAUUUUUCUAAAGACCCUGUAUAUUUUCUCCCUCACCACCCAGUGGUAAAUGAGGCAAGCAAGAGUACACCCAUGAGAGUAGUUUUCAAUGGCUCCAUGCG